ACCCAGCCACCCGCCACAUCGCAGCGCUCAAUGGUGCGCCAACCGUACCAAGAUCGGCCAGCCGAGACGCUCGAUCGACCACGCCACCGCAAGCCGUCAAAAAGGAAUCUGGAGGCCGACGGAGCUGACGGCUCAGAUGACGAUGAUGCAGCAGCCAUGGCAGCAGCGGCACACCAGCCAGCGCCGCAGCCCAAGAGCAAACCCAAGGGCAGACCGAAGGGCAGAGCGAGGGUGGCGGCCAGGCGGCGCCAGCAGCUGAAGGGGAUGAGCUAGAGGAGG